CUGCUAAAGCGCGAAAGGGUGUAGUAGAAUUUGUGAUGUCAUGAUAGUUAUCCUCCGCCCCUCUCCGGCAGCAGCAGGAAGUUCCGGUGUGACCUGGGAUAGCAAGCGUAGUUUUUGCUCCAGUGUAUGUGUGGCAACAACAUGUCUGUGCCGCUGCUUGCCGAGGCCGUGACGGUGUCAGGAACCGAGAAGGAGACGGCCGCAGUUAUCUUCCUCCAUGGUUUGGGUGAUUCCGGACAUGGCUGGGCAGACUCUAUGACCGCCAUCCGGCUGCCCUAUGUGAAGUACAUCUGCCCACACGCGCCUAGAAUACCUGUAACCCUUAACAUGAAGAUGACUAUGCCCUCGUGGUUUGAUCUGAUGGGUUUGAGUCCAGAGUCUCCAGAGGAUGAGGCUGGCAUCAAGAGAGCAGCAGAAAACAUCAGGGCCAUCAUUGACCAUGAGGCUAAGAAUGGGAUUCCCCCCAGCCGUGUGCUCCUAGGGGGCUUCUCACAGGGCGGCGCUCUCUCCCUCUACACUGCGCUCACCAGCCAGCAGCAGCUUGCAGGCGUGGUUGCCCUGAGCUGCUGGUUACCACUACACAAGACCUUCCCUCAGGCAGCGAGUAACAGUGGGAACCGGGAUAUGCCUAUCCUGCAGUGCCAUGGGGAGAUGGACCCCAUGAUCCCGGUGCAGUUUGGGGCCAUGACGGCUGAAAAGCUUAAGACCAUUGUCUCGCCGCAGAAACUCACCUUCAACACCUACCCCGGUCUUAUGCAUAGCUCCUGUCCUCAGGAGAUGGCUGCUGUGAAGGAGUUUAUUGAGAAGCAGUUGCCCCGAAUCUGACCUCUUUGUGACCCCACUGUGACCUUUACACACUGAUCCCUCACCUCCAACCUGCCAUUCUCCCACAGGAAACAGCCAUGAACAUACCCCCAUCACACAUACACACGCCCAUACACGCACACACACAUACAAACACAAACACACACAAACACACUCAGACACCUAUUACUGACACAGAUAUACUGCUCACAUUCAAUUGUAAACACACAGACACACAAAUUCAACCUUUAACAGAAAUGCAUACCAACACACAAACACCACAUUCAAGAUGGCAAGAAACAUAUGCAUUAAUAGAUACACAGGCAUGGACAUUCAGUUGUACAUACUGUGUACAUUUCAGAUACACCUUGUUUGAACAUACUGUACCUUCUGUACAUGAAGUAUUUGUCAAACGUUACUGGACACACUGUUUGUAAACGCAGAGGGUUAAAACACAGCGACUAGCUGGUGCUCGCUCUGACACAAACACACUCGUCCUGAAGGACCACUUAUUCACACAGCACGUCUUAAAAUGCCUUUAUUGCCCCCCCCCCCCCCCCCCCCCC